UCGGUUAUUUAGCAUUUUUCCCUUCUCAAUUUGUACGGCCUAAAGAUUCCUUCGCCGCGAAAGAUCGAAAGAAGGGGGAAAAACAUGGGGAUUCAACCUACCACCUGCCCCUCAGCCUCUUCGUGCACCGCGAACGGCGGUGGAGGUGGAGAGAUCAUGCUUUUCGGAGUCAGAGUGGUGGUUGAUUCCAUGAGGAAGAGUGUUAGUAUGAACAAUCUCUCUCAGUACGAACAGCCUCAUGAAUUGAACAAGGACGGCAACAACAAGAACAACAAAGAUCACGGCGAUGAUAACCUCAACGCCGGUUACGCCUCCGCCGAUGACGCCGUUCCUCACACCACCUGGAAUCGCGAGCGCAAACGAGGAGUUCCGUGGACGGAGGAAGAGCACAAGCUGUUUCUGGUAGGACUGCAAAAAGUAGGCAAAGGGGAUUGGAGAGGGAUUUCUAGAAACUUCGUGAAGACUCGUACGCCGACACAAGUGGCGAGCCAUGCUCAGAAAUAUUUUCUCCGGCGAAGCAAUCUCAACCGUCGCCGCCGUAGAUCUAGCCUCUUCGAUAUUACCACCGAUACGGUACAAGCAAUUCCAAUGGAAGAAGAGCGAGUUGAUCGGCAAGACAACACAAAUCAACCACCUGAGACCAAUGUAUUCCCCAUGAUGCCGGCUGCUUUUCCGAUAGCUUUUAAUCCUUUAGUUCCUCCGGUUCCGGCCGAGAAUCCUGUCGAAAAUCUCACCAUAGCACGGGGGAAUCAAUCAAAUAACAAUGCUGCAACAGCUAACCUCAAUCCGGCUUCCCAGCCGUUAUCGUUGUCACUCAAGCUCUCUUUGCAAUCUGAUCAAACGGAUUCAUCGUCUUCAGCCUUGAGGCAUUCUCCGUUUCAGGUGAUGCCGAACUUUAGCAAUGGAGAUAGCAAUAACAUCAUCAGUGUUGCUUAAGAAUGACAUUGAAUUAUAAUAAGCUUGGGGAAAAAAA